AUGUUGCCUGCACCCAGGAGUGUGUCUCCUCGGCCUCCUAGUAGGCUCUUUGAAGAUGACCAGCAGGUGGUGAUUUCAUCAUCCCCUGCCACCACUUCCUUCCCUGGUGCCAGUGUAGUCAACCUGGUUCCGGAGACCAGUGCCGCCCCAUUCGACGCAUGGGUCACUAAACACGAAUUUAAAGCCUAUAAGAAGGAGCACUUCUCCAUGUUGAACAAGAUACUCGUCAUGCAACACAACAUGGAGGAGAUGUUGGUGGAUCUCAAAACAUCCACCGGUGCUCCUUCAAGGGAGCCACUGCCGGAGGGAGCACCUCAGCUACCCUUAAAAGCUGAGGUUGAGGUACAUCAUGGUAGCAAGUGCUUCAAUUGAUGACCUUCGCAGAUUUUUUCUUUUCAGAUUUAUGGAGAAAGGGAACAACUGAACUAUUACUGAAACAUAAAAGGGAAAUAAUAUUUUUCUAAACUGCUGGGUGAAAGAUAUGGGCAGGGUUGCCACAGGCGGCUAAAAUGCAACUAUUUUCAGCAUGAGGCAACUGUGGCAACUUAUUUUGCCUGAACUUUACGCAUUUUUCAGGAAGGGAACAGGUUCUGAAUGAGUGUCCUAUUUCACUACAACGUGAGGGUUUGGGACGUACGGGCGGACUUUGACAUCGUUUGGUAGUUCAGCAGUAUUGAAAGUUAAUAUUAGGUGUUGAGUAUUGAUUAUGUCUGUACCUUUUUUUAUUGUAAUAUGGCGUGCAUCAAUAACACCUUGGUUCGAUAGGCCUUCGAGUAUUUCUUCUAUUGGGAGAGACUGGAGAGCUUUAUCAGAAAUUACGCCUUUCGAUAUAUUUAAUGUAUUAUGAGGUGAUACCGUUAUUGAUAUGUUGCCUAAAUUAUGUGUUUUCAAGAGAGCGGUAGUGUGUUUUUCAGAUGUAGUCUCGACUAGUAAAUCGCCAGAGGGUAACUGUUUAACAUUCUUUGGAUUACCUAUUGAUGAUUCAAGUGAUUUUUGCACAAGAAAUGGGGAUACGGUAGAUAGCUUUUUUUCCGUUGAACUUAAUAUUAGGAAUUUAGCUAAGAGCAGGGUCAUAAUUUGAACAUUUAGAAAGGUUGAAACUGGGUGAAGGGGUUGUUCCGCUUUUAUUUCGGUGUGCGGAACUGAACACCUGUACAUUUUCAGCCAUAGAAAACUAAACUAACUUCUACUAUCAGCGGCACCACCCACCACGGAGUCCAACUUAGGGGAUGCAAGUAACAGUAAAAAAUGUUACUGCACUGUCUGUUACUUAUACAACGAUGCUGACUAAUAGUUAUACGCCCGUAAGUCACCCCUGAAACAGCCUCCACCCUUAACGAGGUGCCCAGAAAGUGACCCCGGGCUUGACCCUAGCCAUCAGAUGACGUUUGUGACUAGCCGAUUGAUGCAUACGGGCCGAUAUGCACCUCCCGUUUACUUGCAGCAGGGGCCAAAGCAGUGUGUUGGGGUACCAAGAUGCCCCCCAACUACCAGGAUCCCCUUUUCCAGGGACACGGGUCUCCACGCACGGCAAACACGAGGGUGGUUUCUUCCCAUCAAGAUCGGACACACCAAGGUAGUAAUCGAACCAAAACAAAAAGCCCUUACCAAUAAACUUGGAAACCACGAUAUGAAUGAAAAUCUGUCAUAACGAAUCAAAAUGUGAAACAAUAUCAAUAACUCAGAAAUUGCAAAAAAAGGCAUAAUCAAAGCCUAUAAUCUGCAAAUAAUAACCAAAUUUUGAAAGUAAUUUAAAUAAUGUUCGCUCACUAGGCCAAUGAAAUCAUAAAGUGAAUGUCAGAAACUCAAAACAGGACCCUCGCAAGAGAGAAAUGGAAGAAUGCUCAGGUCCAGCUCGGGACCCCGGGUGCGCCGUACCCGUCACACAAGAGUGUGCCCCUGGGGAGGAAUAUUUGUUAAAUUUGUCUGUUUUAAGCUGAAGGUCUGCACAUUUGGAUGAAAUAAGUACGAUGUCAUCAGCAAAAUCAAGGUCUUCUAAAGUAGUUGUGAAAUUCCACCUUAUUCCUCUUUUCUCAUCUUUCAAGCUGUUUCGCAUAAUCCAGUCUAUCACCAU